AUGUGGCAUCGCUUACUUUCGUUUUCAGUUAGAAUAUAAUUUGCAUAAAUUUUCGACGUUUACACACAUAAAUUAUACAAGAUAUUGUUUGUGUUUUUCACUUUUCUUUAACAGAAUGUUUUUCUCAAUAUUGCGUUAUUGCAUCUUUCGCGACACUUUAUAACCGGAUGUCGCCAUGUCUUUCAUUUAGAAGAAUUUCCUAAGAUUCCAAAGUUACCUUAUAGGUAAGAUGAAUCAACUGAUGAAUCAUUGCGCACACGUUUUUAUUAUAAAAUACCACUUUCACUUAACUCUUUUGAAAAAACGUCAACUACCGCGUUCUUCUCUUAUGUCCUUGCAGUCGCAAUAUUACCGAAACGGAUCCGCGAGUGCCAUAAGUUACAUGAUCAGCGCGCAGGAAUGUUAUGGCAAUUGAUGGAGGCCGAUCUCAGAAACGAUCUCAGAACGGUUCGCCGAUCGCGAUAAUGAAACUUGCGUGUGAGUAUCGCGAAGUAAUCGUAAUUCGUCUGCGCGCGAAUCCAAGCAUGAAAGUAGUGCAUUAGAGUUUUGCGUCGAAAAGUAAUCUCAUUACAAUUGUCCCAUCGUCUCUCUUCGACUUGUCACCGACUUUCACCGACGCGACGUUUAAAUAAUAAUUCACGGCACAACGAUUUCCUGAUGUCCGUUGUAGAUUCGAAGAGGAACGGGAAUGUCCCGGCUAAAACGGCGUCUUCCUUUUUCUUAAUGGACCGAAUUGUUAGUCUUGACGAGUUAAGGACUUGCCGAAAAGAAUCGUAAUUUUACGAACAAUUUAAUUUGUGAUUUAAGGUGAUUAGAUUAAUUAAUUUUUGACAAUUUUUUUAACAAACUGAAUAAAUGUGCAAAUAUUAAGAAAGAAAGAUUUUUUUCACGAUAAAAACUUGUAUAAAUAGCUGAAGUAUUCUUCAGUUCUUUUUCAAAGCUAAUGUUUUGUAAUAAUAUUUUAGGUCUCGAUAAUUUGAUCAUAGCGAUUUUUAACUAGAAACUUUCUGGAGGCUUGCUGUUACAAGAUAAAUCUCUACAAAAUAAAUUAAAUAAAAAUUUAUAAAAUAGUAAUUAUUAUUACUAAAGAACUCAAUUUUUGACUUGAGUUUUUUAAAUAAUAUCUGCCAUUUUGUUAUUUUUUAUUUAUAGCAAUCAGAUUCUUUUUCGUCCCCUUAAAUUUAUUCAAACAUCACUAAUAUAUUAUUAAAUCGCUUAAUUACACUACUAACUUGAAUAAAUGCAGCAAAUGUAUUACAUAUUAAAAAUGUACACACAACAAGAACAAAAUAUUUUUGUAAAAAUUAUAGAGUUCAAGUGUUUCUAAAAUAAAAUUUAUUUUUUAAACACUUGAUUGCAAUUUAUUGUCUCAAAUUAUUUUUUUUUUAAUUUACAACUAUCUAGCAAGUGUGAAGAAAUAUAUUGCGCGAAUUAGAGAUGUACGUAAAAUUCUUCUGCUGAGAGAGAGAGAGAGAGAGAGAGAGAGAGAGAGAAAUACAAAUCUGGAAAUAAUUUUGUUAAAUUAUUUAAAAAAUUAUAUUAAAUGUUUAAGUUAAUUGCUAGAUUGUCAAAACUUCUGCAGCAAUAUUGUCAUACUUGAAGUUCUUACAAAAUUAUUUCGGUGGUCCAACAUAAGAUUAUUUUUUAAAUAGUAUCUAUAUAUAGCUAAACUUUUAAAUGCUCUAGUAAAAUUGUUUCUUCUUUAUAACUUUAGUUCUUAGAGCAAUUACAUCAAACUGAUUAAUUUUAAUUAAGAGGUUUUAAUUUUAUUUUACGUACAAGACAUAUUUGAUCACUAUUUGAUGAAUUUUUCAGUUUGUAGAUAUUUAAUAAAGAUAAAAAUUUUUUUAUUAGCGUAAUAAUUUCUACAUAAUUUGUGGCGUACUUUCAGCCAUGCUUUUUGAAAUAUAAACUCUCACCUAAAUUAAUAAAACAGAAAUGUCAGGUGUCUGUAACUUUCUAGAUUCUAGCACGUCAGAAAUUAGGCACCUGCACCUCAUCUUGUGGAAGUCAUUAACGAACAAAGGAACAAUGCGGCGAGAGAUUAGGUAGACCAUGGAUCAUGGGUUUUAGUGACACUCAGAUGUCGUUCACCUUUCGCAUGUUCCAAAAGAUGUCCUCUUAAUCGCGCUUUUUCACGGUUAUUAAGUAAUAUUAUCUAUUUAUUUCCAAUAUACACACAUAUAUAUUUUUUUUUUCAUGUAUACUGAGAAAAAUAUGUGAUAUUUGUAAUGUGCUAUAAUUGCGUAGUAAAAUAAUUAUAGUCAGAAAUAUCAUUUUUUUAUAAUAGUAACUACUACAAUAAUAUUAAGUAUAACCAUAUACUUAUGGUGAACCAAUUAUGAAGAAAUUGUACUAUACAUAAAUAUACGCCAGUAUUAUUACAGUUAUCUAUUACAUCAGUCGUAAAAGUAUAUAAAAUUUACAACAUCUGAAGAAAAGUUAAAGUCACUCCAAACUACACAUCCUUCCUGGAAAUUUCUAGUUAUAUUGUCGGAAGAUAUUACGAAAGAUCAACGAAACUAAUGGGGAAUAAAAAAAAACACAAAGAAAGAAUAGGGGAAGAGAAGAGUCAUUCUGGACCAUUGAAGGACAAUCUUCUCCGCGUACGCCAGCUGGUAUUUUUUUUUCUUCCUCCUUUUUUAUUAGGAUGCCGAGGAUUGGUGGCGGCGCCGCGCCGAUGGCUGUCGCAUAGUGGGGAGACACUGCGAGAGAGUUUUACGUACCGAAAUGAAACUACUCGACGGAGAAAGUGAGAGCAGACAUAGCGGUGCCGGCGCACGCCGACGACGAGGCAGGCGAGCAAGCGAGCAGGCGUUCCUCGGGGCCCCUCGACGUGAGAGGAUAGACAUGGUGCGAGCCCUCCACACGGCGUGGAGCUUCGCCACCGUGCGGUAACCGAUACGCUCCAUCAGUUCUUCCACGAAGUGUUGAAUUUUCCAUUAAAAAAAAAAAAAAAGAAAUUCUUUCUUUUUUAAUCGAGAGAUCAAAGAUUGGCAAAUUUUCGGUGGAAGAUCGUCGGUUAUCGGGAGCAAGUGUAAGUGAAGAAAGGAUGAGAAAGGCAACUCGUUCGCAGCGUCGGUAACUUGAAGACAAAGAAGAGAGGAAUCUCGAAGCUUGAUCGACAUCUCUGCAGAAAGGUCGAAACAACACUUCCAAGAACUAGCGCGACCUCGUUUAGUCACCGGGUUGACAGGACCUUAUCGUAUCGCGAGAUAACGCGUGAACGCGCGACGAGGACCUUCAGCAGCUUCUUGCAGCAGUCUCGACGGCACAACCGCAGGUACAAAAUCCGUCUCCGGUCGGUCCUCGCUGCUCCGGAUAUGUAAAUCGCGUGUGCGCGGCCGUUCCGUGGGAUUGUGGGACAAUCGACGACGAGGAACAUCUCGCGGUGAAAUAAAGAAAACCAACCACCACCCUCGUCGCGACGGUACCCUCAAUUGUGUUAUGGUGCUGAGGACUACCUCGGUCGUACGAGGCAGACGAAGAGGUCGCAAAAGAGAGGGCGAGGACGGGAAUAACGGCAACCUGGCGGAAACCCCCUGAGAAAUCGCUCGCAUUGCUUCGAUCGGCCGAGGAGAAAUCCGGGGAAGGUCACGUCUGUUGAAUCGUGAAACGAUGGGUACAUCGAGGCCGCGUCAUUGGCUUCUCGCUGCAGUCGUCCUGAGUCUCUCCUCGAGCUUGAUGGCGAGCGAAACACAGUGGCUCACGAGCUCAGAUUCCUCGGCUAUCGACGUGCGAAAAGCUGAGGCCAAUCGUACCGGGGUGGUGGCGAUCCGCCGGCGAAGAUACGUGCGAUUUCCGACGGGGUCUGCUACUUACGUCUUCGAGACCGGUUCGACGCCGCAUGGCAGGAAUUUCGGGCCGCAUCUGACCGCGCGUCUCGUUCCGCAGACUCAAUUCCCUGGUUCUUGGAGGCAGCACAAGUCCCUCUGGAGAAGUCCUGCAAUCGCCGAUUACAACAGACCGGUGAUGUCCCAUCGGACGCCGCGACUGAUAUUCCGCGACAACGACUUCCUGCCGCCGAUCGGAGGCGGCGCGGCAUCCUUCUUCCAGCAGUCCAAUCAAUUGCCAGAUUUCGAGGACGACAUCAGAGAUCUCCGGAAACAGACGCCGGAUGAUUAUCCUAGAUUGGAAACAGAGAUGCGCCAAGAAAAAAGACCCCUGUGGAAAGGCGACGAUACAUUGUGCGCGGACGGACGGAGCUGCGAAUUUUUUCUAAUGUGCUGGAUGACUGCUGGCCUAUUGGACGGCAGCUGCGGCGGCAUUAUGUACGCGUGUUGUCAGCGGAAAGACCCUAAAGCUCUCACUGAUUAUAACCUGAUCGAGUCGCCUAGAGAUCAAUCUCGGCCGCUUCCGCUGGAUUUGUACACGGAGACCGCCAGCGACGACCGUUGCGGCAUACCGGUCGUCUCGAAACAAAUCGCGCAAAGGAGGAUCGUCGGCGGCGACGACGCCGGUUUUGGCAGUUUCCCGUGGCAGGCUUACAUACGAAUCGGGUCCAGCAGAUGCGGCGGCACUUUGGUCAAUCGGUUUCACGUUGUCACCGCUGGACAUUGCGUUGCAAAAGCGUCGGCGCGACAAGUCCAAGUCACCCUCGGCGAUUAUGUGGUGAAUUCCGCUACUGAAUCUCUACCAGCUUACACAUUUGGGGUUCGGGAGAUUAGGGUGCAUCCUUACUUCAAAUUCACGCCGCAGGCAGAUAGGUUUGAUGUGGCUGUGCUUCGAUUGGAUCGACCGGUUCAUUACAUGCCCCAUAUAGCACCCAUAUGCUUACCAGAGAAAAACGAAGAUUUCUUAGGGCAAUAUGGCUGGGCUGCGGGAUGGGGUGCUUUACAAGCAGGUUCUAGAUUGAGACCGAAGACGCUACAGGCGGUAGAUGUGCCCGUGAUCGAUAAUCGCCUCUGCGAGCGGUGGCAUCGGUCCAAUGGCAUCAACGUCGUAAUUUACGACGAGAUGAUGUGCGCCGGUUACCGCGGCGGCGGUAAGGAUUCGUGUCAGGGUGACAGCGGAGGUCCGUUGAUGUUGGAGAAAACUGGUCGAUGGUACCUCAUCGGUAUCGUCUCGGCAGGUUACUCCUGCGCGCAGCCGGGUCAACCGGGAAUCUACCAUCGCGUGGCCAAGACCGUCGACUGGAUUACUUACGUUAUAAACUCGUAGCGCGUCCUCGCAACCGUGGGAAAAUUAUUCUCUGGCGAAUCCUGAGAAUCCCCCGAGCCGCGAACUUUGCAUGACACAAAGUUCGGACGUUCAUCGCGUCGAGAAUAAUUUCUGGAAUCUAGUUCAGAUCCGAGAAAUCAUUGUGACACAGGAACACAGUGACGAAUAUGUUUAACAAGACAAUCGAUUUAAAGUGAGAGAGAGAGAGAGAGGACCGUGUUUAAUUAAAAUUAAAGCCAUUUUACUUUAUGAGAAUGUAAAGUUAGAGCAAAAUUCAUACAUCACAGAAGUUAUUGUAAUAAGUAAUUUCGUGUUUCCGUCAAUAUUGUUUCAAAAAGCUUGACAUUUUCCUUUAAGUGUAAUACGGUGUUGUAUAAUUAUCUCUAUUGACACAAACGGGUGGCGUAAGUGCGUUGUAAUUAUAAUGAUGUGAAUGUAUUGUAAAUUAAGCGUGUAUGAUAUACGUGUGAAUUUGCGCUUAAUAAAUACUUUGUUUUUGAUUUUA